UUGAAAUAAAGCACACAUUUGUGUCAUCUCCAGCUCUGGAGAUGCUCAGUGGUGCUUUCCAGCCAGCAGUAAGUGCUGUCAGUCAUUGAUGGCUAAUGUAAGUAGCCCCUUUUUAGAGACACAGUGGUGUUCCUUCUGGGUGUGCAAGCAGACAGUGACCUGCUGCCAUUGAAGUGGCACAGUGCUGAUGGCUGUCCCACAGGGCUCUGAGUGUGUGAGAGUGACUUCCUUCUGCAUGAAUUUGCCUGGCUGGAACUGGGUGAGUGUGACCAGAGUUAAAGCUUAAGUGAUAUUUCUGCCUCCUUUGCAGAUUUGGGAAGGCUUUUGGAUCGUGGUGUGGGUGUGAGGGCACAGCCUGCUGGAGGCACUGGAAGUGGACUGGUUCCUGGUCAUGCCCGGUGGAAGGAGGGGACCCAGCCGGCAGCAGCUAAGCCGUUCCGCUUUGCCUUCUCUCCAGACUCUGGUUGGCGGCAGCUGUGGGAACGGGACUGGUCUGAGAAACAGGAAUGGUAGUGCCAUCAGCCUGUCGGCGCCUCCGAUCACAGCACUGAUUACUCCAGAGCCUGUGCGUCACUGCCGGAUCCCUGACCUGCCAUUGGAUGGGAGCCUCCUCUUUGAAUUCCUGUUCUUCAUCUACCUUCUGGUAGCCCUCUUCAUUCAGUACAUCAACAUCUACAAGACUGUCUGGUGGUACCCAUACAAUCACCCUGCUUCCUGCACCUCACUGAAUUUUCACCUCAUUGACUACCACCUGGCGGCGUUCAUCACAGUGAUGCUGGCACGGAGGCUGGUGUGGGCCAUUAUCUCUGAGGCCUCUCAGGUGGGUGCAACAUCACUGAUGUGCUACAUGGUGCGCCUGGUGCUGCUCACCCUCUGUGGAUGGGUGCUCUGCUGGACUCUGGUCAACCUCUUCCGCAGCCAUUCUGUUCUCAACCUUCUCUUCCUGGGCUACCCGUUUGGUGUCUACGUCCCUCUGUGCUGCUUCCACCAGGACAGCAGAGCACAGCCUCUACCUGCAGACUGUGGUUACUUGGUACAGGACCAGGUGGCGGAUGAUGGGGCUUCAGCUGUCAGCAGCCUGGUCAAAGACUUCUUCUCGCUCCUGUGGGAAUCCCUGAGAGAACAGUUCAAUAAUCCUACAUCUAUCCCCACCCACAGCUGCCCCCUUUCCCCAGAUCUCAUCCGCAAUGAGGUGGAGUGUCUAAAAGCAGACUUCAACCGCAGGAUCAAGGAAGUUCUCUUCAACUCUCUCUUCAGUGCCUACUACGUGGCAUUCCUGCCACUGUGCUUUGUGAAGAGCACCCAGUACUAUGACAUGCGCUGGUCCUGCGAGCACCUCAUCAUGGUGUGGAUCAAUGCCUUUGUCAUGCUCACCACGCAGCUGCUGCCCCCCAAGUACUGUGACCUGCUCCACAGGUCUGCCGCCCACCUUGGCAAGUGGCAGAAACUAGAACACGGCUCCUACAGCAAUGCUCCACAGCACAUCUGGUCAGAAAACACAAUAUGGCCACAGGGAGUUCUGGUGCGACGGAGCCGGUGCCUGUAUAAAGCAGUUGGGCCUUACAACGUAGCAGUGCCUUCAGACGUGUCCCAUGCCCGCUUUUAUUUCCUCUUUCACCGUCCCUUACGGCUGCUCAACCUGCUGAUUCUCAUCGAAGGCAGCGUGGUCUGCUACCAGCUCUACUCCCUGCUGCGCUCAGAGAAGUGGAACCACACGCUCUCCAUGGCCCUCAUCCUUUUCUGCAAUUAUUAUGUCUUAUUUAAGCUCCUCCGGGACCGGAUAGUAUUAGGCAGGGCAUACUCGUACCCACUUAACAACUAUGGACUCAAGGCACACUAGGCCGGCCAGACGUGUCCCCCUUCUCUUCCUCAUCCCACAGGGCAGGAGGGAACCUCAGAAAAAAAAAUAUUUUCGUACAGUUCUAUUUUUUUCUUGCAACGUUUAUAAAUAUUUAAAAUAUUUUAUAUUUUGUAUACUAUUGUUUUUGUGGGGCGGGAAGGGAACCAGUGGCAAUUAAAUGUCGCUUUAUAAAC